AUGCCGGGUCAGCCUCAACAUUCAUCUUUACAAGAUGAAGACAAGAUCAGGGAGAAAGCUAGGAAAUGGCAACAAUUGCAAUCGAAGCGUUACAGCGAAAAGCGCAAGUUUGGAUUUGUAGAAGCUCAGAAAGAGGAUAUGCCUCCUGAGCAUGUCAGAAAGAUUAUACGGGAUCAUGGUGAUAUGAGCAAUAGAAAGUUUAGACAUGAUAAACGUGUCUAUUUAGGUGCAUUAAAGUAUAUGCCACAUGCCGUACUGAAAUUGCUUGAAAAUAUGCCCAUGCCCUGGGAGCAAAUUCGAGAUGUCCAAGUUUUGUAUCACAUUACUGGUGCAAUCACCUUUGUUAACGAAAUUCCGUGGAUUGUCGAACCCAUCUACAUUGCGCAAUGGGGUACAAUGUGGAUUAUGAUGAGACGCGAAAAGCGCGACCGUAGGCACUUUAAAAGAAUGCGAUUUCCUCCUUUUGAUGAUGAAGAGCCUCCACUGGAUUAUGCAGACAAUAUAUUAGAUGUGGAACCUUUAGAAGCAAUACAGAUGGACCUCGAUCCUGACGAGGAUGGCGCCGUUUGCCAAUGGCUUUACGAUCAUAAACCGCUAGAAGAUACCAAGCAUAUGAAUGGUUCUUCUUACCGUAGAUGGAAUUUGUCGCUACCAAUAAUGUCAACAUUAUAUCGCCUUGCUAAUCAACUUCUGACAGAUUUAGUGGAUGAUAAUUACUUUUAUUUAUUCGAUAUGAAGUCAUUUUUUACUGCGAAAGCUUUAAAUGUCGCCAUUCCCGGCGGUCCGAAAUUUGAACCUCUCGUGAAAGACAAAGAAUUAGAAGACGAGGACUGGAAUGAAUUUAAUGAUAUUAACAAGAUUAUCAUGAGAAGUCAAAUUCGAACGGAAUAUAGAAUUGCGUUUCCGUAUCUGUAUAACAGCUUACCCUUGCAUGUGCAUCUAUCAUGGUAUCAUUACCCAAUGGUUGUAUUUAUUAAAACCGAAGAUCCCGACUUGCCAGCGUUCUAUUUCGAUCCAUUGAUUAACCCUAUAACUCAGAAGUCAUCAAAGAAUGACAUCCAACCCGAAGAAGACGAUUUUGAAUUACCGGAUGAAAUACAGCCAUUCUUUCAAGAUAAUCCGCUAUACACUGAUAAUACGGCUAACGGAAUUGCUCUUCUUUGGUCCCCAAGACCGUUCUAUCAACGAAGAGGUAGAACUCGACGGGCGAUUGAUGUACCUUUAGUCAAAACUUGGUACCGAGAGCAUUGCCCGUCUGGACAGCCUGUUAAAGUUCGUGUAUCUUACCAAAAAUUGUUGAAAUGCUACGUUCUAAAUGCUUUGCAUCAUCGUAAGCCAAAGGCUCAAAAGAAAAGGCGACUAUUUCCGUCUUUCAAAACUACUAAAUUUUUUCAGUCUACAACCUUGGAUUGGGUAGAAGCGGGACUACAAGUUUGUCGUCAAGGCUAUAACAUGCUUAACCUCUUAAUUCAUCGUAAAAAUUUAAACUACCUGCAUCUGGACUAUAAUUUCAAUUUGAAACCUGUUAAGACCUUAACGACAAAGGAGAGGAAGAAAUCACGCUUUGGGAAUGCUUUUCAUUUAUGCCGUGAAAUAUUACGUUUAACGAAGUUAGUUAUCGAUUCGUAUGUCCAGUACAGGCUUGGUAAUGUCGAUGCUUUUCAACUUGCGGAUGGAUUGCAAUAUACAUUCGCUCAUAUUGGACAGCUUACUGGAAUGUACCGUUAUAAAUAUAAACUUAUGCGACAAAUUAGAAUGUGCAAAGACUUGAAACAUGUCAUAUAUUAUAGAUUCAAUACAGGCCCUGUAGGAAAAGGUCCUGGUGUCGGAUUUUGGGCACCUGGUUGGAGAAUUUGGAUGUUCUUUCUUCGCGGAGUUGUACCUUUACUUGAGCGAUGGUUGGGUAAUCUGUUAGCUCGGCAAUUUGAGGGAAGACACUCAAAGGGCGUUGCCAAAACAGUCACGAAGCAAAGAGUAGAAAGUCACUAUGAUCUCGAACUUCGAGCAGCGGUUAUGCAUGAUAUUGUAGAUAUGAUGCCAGAAGGUAUAAAACAAAAUAAGGCCCGAACUAUCCUUCAGCAUCUUUCUGAAGCAUGGAGAUGUUGGAAAGCUAAUAUUCCAUGGAAGGUGCCAGGUCUUCCGACUGCGAUCGAAAAUAUGAUUCUGCGUUACGUAAAAGCAAAAGCUGAUUGGUGGACGAAUACUGCCCAUUACAAUAGAGAGCGCAUUCGCCGUGGAGCUACAGUAGAUAAGACGGUCUGCAAAAAAAAUCUUGGACGCUUAACGAGAUUAUAUCUCAAAGCAGAACAAGAGCGUCAACAUAACUACUUGAAGGAUGGUCCUUAUAUUACUGCUCAAGAAGCUGUAGCUAUUUAUACGACCAUGGUUCAUUGGUUAGAAGGUCGUCGAUUCUCUCCAAUACCAUUUCCUCCUCUUUCAUAUAAGCAUGAUACUAAACUGCUCAUUCUUGCUUUGGAAAGAUUAAAGGAGGCUUACAGCGUUAAAAGUCGCUUAAAUCAAUCUCAGCGUGAAGAAUUAGGCCUUAUUGAGCAAGCGUAUGAUAACCCACAUGAAGCACUAAGUCGUAUUAAGCGUCAUUUAUUAACUCAAAGAGCUUUUAAAGAGGUUGGUAUUGAAUUUAUGGAUCUAUAUAGUCACUUAGUCCCGGUAUAUGAUGUAGAGCCACUCGAAAAGAUUACCGAUGCCUAUCUAGAUCAGUAUCUUUGGUAUGAAGCUGAUAAACGCCGAUUGUUUCCUCCCUGGAUAAAACCAAGUGACUCUGAACCUCCACCAUUAUUAACGUAUAAGUGGUGUCAAGGUAUUAACAAUCUGCAAGAUGUUUGGGAUACUUCUGAGGGACAAUGUAAUGUAAUGCUGGAAGCCACGUUUGAUAAAAUGUACGAAAAGAUCGAUUUAACUUUGUUGAACCGGUUAUUACGGUUAAUCGUCGAUCAUAAUAUUGCUGAUUAUAUGACAGCGAAAAAUAAUGUGGUCAUCAAUUAUAAGGAUAUGAAUCAUACAAAUAGUUAUGGUAUCAUCAGAGGUUUACAGUUUGCAUCUUUUAUUGCCCAGUAUUACGGCUUAGUAUUAGAUUUGCUGGUGUUAGGCUUACCUCGUGCAAGUGAAAUGGCUGGUCCACCACAAAUGCCAAAUGACUUCCUUUCCUAUCAGGAUGUACAAACUGAAGUUAGCCACCCUAUCCGGUUGUUCUCUAGAUAUAUCGAUAGGUUACAUAUAUUCUUUAGAUUUACGGCUGAGGAGGCUAAAGAUCUUAUACAGAGGUAUCUGACGGAACAUCCUGAUCCUAAUAAUGAAAAUAUUGUUGGCUAUAAUAAUAAGAAGUGUUGGCCUCGUGACGCUAGGAUGAGACUUAUGAAGCAUGAUGUGAAUUUAGGCCGUGCCGUAUUUUGGAAUAUUAAGAAUCGUCUACCUCGUUCUGUUACCACAAUAAAGUGGGAGGAUGGAUUUGUAUCGGUUUACAGUAAAGACAAUCCGAAUUUGCUUUUCGAUCUUAGUGGAUUUGAAGUUCGCAUUUUGCCUAAAUGUCGAAUGGUUCAUGAAGAAUUUACACACAAAGAUGGUGUUUGGAAUUUACAAAACGAAGUGACGAAAGAACGCACUGCCCAAUGCUUCCUACGAGUAGAUGAUGAAUCAAUGCAAAAAUUUCAUAACAGAGUAAGACAGAUUCUAAUGGCCUCUGGAUCAACUACUUUUACCAAGAUCAUCAAUAAAUGGAAUACUGCGCUCAUUGGACUAAUGACAUAUUUUAGGGAAGCUGUAGUAAACACCCAAGAACUAUUAGAUUUAUUAGUUAAGUGCGAAAAUAAGAUUCAAACACGUAUCAAAAUUGGGCUAAACUCUAAAAUGCCCAGUCGUUUCCCACCUGUCGUAUUUUACACUCCAAAAGAACUAGGUGGCUUAGACUUAAGAUGGUCAAAGCAAACUGAUGCCGGUAUAACUCAUUUUCGUUCCGGUAUGAGUCACGAAGAAGAUCAAUUAAUACCUAAUUUAUACAGAUAUAUCUUGCCUUGGGAAAGUGAAUUUAUCGAUUCACAACGUGUUUGGGCAGAAUAUGCUCUAAAACGUCAGGAAGCUAAUGCCCAGAAUAGGCGUUUGACGCUGGAAGAUUUAGAGGACUCUUGGGAUCGAGGUAUUCCGCGUAUUAACACUCUAUUUCAAAAAGACAGACACACCUUAGCGUAUGACAAAGGAUGGCGAGUACGAACUGAAUUCAAGCAGUACCAAGUCUUGAAGCAAAAUCCUUUUUGGUGGACUCAUCAGCGUCAUGAUGGUAAACUAUGGAAUUUGAACAAUUACAGAACUGAUAUGAUUCAAGCUUUAGGGGGUGUGGAAGGUAUUUUGGAACAUACGUUAUUCAAGGGAACCUAUUUUCCAACAUGGGAAGGUUUAUUUUGGGAGAAAGCUAGCGGCUUUGAAGAAUCAAUGAAGUAUAAGAAGCUUACUAAUGCACAAAGAUCAGGUUUAAACCAAAUUCCUAAUCGACGUUUUACAUUGUGGUGGUCUCCAACUAUCAAUAGAGCCAAUGUCUAUGUCGGUUUUCAAGUACAAUUAGAUUUAACAGGUAUUUUCAUGCAUGGUAAAAUUCCGACCUUAAAGAUCUCGCUAAUUCAAAUAUUUAGAGCACAUUUAUGGCAGAAAGUACACGAAAGUGUUGUCAUGGAUUUAUGCCAGGUAUUUGAUCAAGAGCUGGAUGCGUUAGAGAUUGAAACCGUACAGAAGGAAACUAUCCAUCCUCGGAAAUCAUAUAAAAUGAACAGUUCUUGUGCUGAUAUAUUAUUAUUUGCGGCUUACAAAUGGAAUGUUUCACGUCCCUCACUGCUCGCAGACACGAAAGAUACCAUGGACAGUAGCACGACUCAAAAAUAUUGGAUUGAUGUACAAUUACGCUGGGGAGAUUAUGAUUCUCAUGAUAUUGAACGAUAUGUUCGCGCGAAAUUCUUAGAUUACACAACAGAUAAUAUGAGCAUAUAUCCAUCACCAACUGGUGUCAUGAUUGGCAUCGACUUAGCAUAUAAUUUGCAUAGCGCUUAUGGAAAUUGGUUCCCUGGAAGUAAACCACUCAUACAGCAAGCAAUGGCAAAAAUAAUGAAGGCAAAUCCAGCUUUAUAUGUACUACGUGAGCGUGUUCGGAAAGCCUUACAGCUAUACUCCAGCGAGCCGACUGAGCCUUAUUUGUCUUCUCAAAAUUAUGGUGAAUUGUUUUCUAAUCAAAUUAUUUGGUUUGUUGACGAUACCAAUGUAUAUAGAGUAACAAUCCAUAAGACUUUUGAAGGAAACUUGACCACGAAACCUAUUAACGGUGCUAUAUUCAUCUUCAAUCCUCGUACUGGCCAGUUAUUCCUUAAAAUAAUCCAUACUUCUGUAUGGGCAGGACAGAAACGUUUAGGACAGUUAGCCAAAUGGAAGACUGCUGAAGAAGUUGCUGCUCUUAUCCGUUCUUUACCAAUAGAAGAACAGCCGAAACAAAUUAUUGUGACUCGCAAAGGCAUGCUAGAUCCUCUAGAAGUUCAUUUACUGGAUUUUCCUAACAUCGUAAUCAAAGGUAGUGAACUACAACUACCGUUUCAAGCGUGUUUAAAGAUUGAGAAAUUUGGUGAUCUUAUUUUAAAAGCAACUGAACCACAGAUGGUACUAUUUAACUUGUAUGACGAUUGGCUGAAAACGAUCUCUUCUUAUACGGCUUUUUCGCGCUUAAUUCUCAUCCUGAGAGCCCUUCAUGUAAAUCAAGAUAAAGCAAAGAUCAUUUUAAAACCUGAUAAAACUACAAUUACUGAGCCUCAUCAUAUCUGGCCAUCGCUAACUGAUGAAGAAUGGGUGAAAGUAGAAGUACAAUUAAAAGAUCUAAUCUUAGCUGACUACGGUAAGAAAAAUAAUGUAAAUGUAGCUUCCCUUACUCAGUCUGAGAUCCGUGAUAUCAUUCUUGGUAUGGAAAUUUCUGCACCCUCCCAGCAACGGCAACAGAUAGCAGAGAUUGAAAAGCAGACAAGAGAGCAGUCCCAACUUACUGCUACUACUACACGUUCGGUCAAUAAGCACGGUGAUGAAAUGAUCUCAACGACAACGAGUAAUUACGAAACGCAAACCUUUUCCUCGAAAACCGAAUGGCGUGUGCGUGCGAUCUCAGCAACCAAUUUACAUCUAAGAACAAAUCAUAUAUACGUAUCAUCGGACGAUAUCAAAGAGACUGGAUUUACUUACAUUAUGCCAAAAAAUAUCUUGAAGAAGUUUAUCGUUAUAGCUGACUUGCGUACUCAGAUUGCAGGCUAUCUAUACGGUGUUAGUCCAUCAGAUAAUCCUCAAGUAAAGGAAAUAAGAUGUAUUGCCAUGGUCCCUCAAUGGGGAACUCAUCAAACAGUGCACUUACCAAACCAACUACCUCAGCAUGAAUUUCUCGAAGAGAUGGAACCAUUAGGCUGGAUACACACUCAGCCAAAUGAAUUGCCUCAAUUAUCGCCCCAGGACGUUACCUCGCAUUCAAAGAUAAUGGCAGAUAAUUCUACAUGGGACGGCGAAAAAACUACUGUUAUUACUUGCAGUUUCACGCCAGGUUCGUGUUCCCUAGCUGCAUACAAAUUGACUCCAUCUGGAUUUGAAUGGGGUAGAAAUAACAAGGACACUGGAAAUAAUCCAAGAGGCUAUCUUCCCUCUCACUACGAAAGGGUACAAAUGUUAUUAUCGGAUCGGUUUUUGGGAUUUUUCAUGGUGCCAGGUGUUGGUUCAUGGAACUAUAACUUUAUGGGUGUGCGACAUUCAGACAGUAUGAAUUAUGAACUUCGAUUGGCAAAUCCUAAAGAAUUCUACCAUGAAAUUCAUCGUCCGUCGCAUUUCUUAAAUUUUAGUACAAUAGAAGAAGCAGAUAUCGCUUCAGCGGAUCGAGAAGAUCUCUUUAAUUAG